AUGGCGUCCAAGGAGCUGGUAAACCUAGCCAAGGGGCUGCCCGCGCAGCUGAAGCGCUUCCUCGCCAGGUAUCCGCCCACGUCGAUCCUCCCGCCGACUACCGAAUCCGCCGAAGUCGCGAAGACGUCGUACCAACUCGCGCGCCCCGACCCUUUCAAGUUCUGGAAGCACCCCGUGACGGGCAAAUGGCAUGACCCCGUCUACUCGCUGAGGCGGCAGGCCGAGCUCGUCAAGAUGGCGCGGGAGCACGGUGUUGAGGAGCUUCUUCCCGAGACAGCGAAGGGCACGGAGACGAGGUUGGCCAGGAGGGUGGAGUUCGGUCUUCGCGUCAAGGGUACCGGUGUUGGACAGAGAGUCAAGGGCCAUUCUCACGAGCGACAGAUACUUACCAAGAUGGCAAAGAGGAGAGAAGCCAUGCUGGAGAUGCCCAAGCUUAUACGGGAAUGGAAGCGAGUCGGCAAGAAGAAUUGGAAGAAGUUCCCCAAAUAA